UUUCGUUAACGAAAGCAAAACUAACCCCAACAAAGAAAUCAGCCAAGCACGUUUUACGACGGAGUAUAAUACACAAGAGACCAAGAUUUGCCCCAAUGACUCCAAUCGACAUUUCAUAUUCUGAGGGUAACCUGACAGACUACAUCUACACAGACUAUGACACAUAUUGUGAGCCAACGGUCCAGCAGACCUCCAAAUUCCUGAUGGCGCUGCACAUCUUCAUCUUCCUGUUGGGUGUGGCAGGGAAUGGCCUGAUGAUAACGGUCCUCCUGAGACGUCGGCAUCUCCUGCGAAACCCCGAAGAUCUACCUACUUCACCUUGCCGUGGCUGACCUCAUGCUCCUUUUUACAUUGCCUUUUGUUGUAGUUGAGAAUGCCAGCGGUUGGCUGUUCGGCAACUCUCUCUGCAAGCUGACGGGCUUGGUGAAAUCUCUCAGCCUCAUCUGUG